AUGCGAUUUGUUCAGUUCUUGUCCGCGGCCGCGGCAAUCGGGUGUAUCGCAGCCGGAUCUCCAGUCAACGAGAAGCGGGCGCUGAGGCUCCUGCCUCGGACGCUGGAGAAUGUAGCAACACCGGCCGACUCGGCAGCCAAGCCGGCUGAAGCAGCCUCGGGUCAGGCAGCUAGCCCCGCGCAAGGAGGAGGAGCAGCGGCCGGCAACGGCACCACCACCAUCGUGGUACAGCAGGGCCAGACCCUCGGUGCGAUCGCGAAGCAGUUCGGCACCGGCAUCUGCGACAUCGCAAAGGCCAGCAACCUCGCUGACCCGAACAUCAUCGAUGUGGGCCAAACCCUAGUGAUCCCACCGCCGACCGCGACACCAGACAACACCUCCUGCCUCCCGCCGCCGCCGCCGCCAGCGACAGAGCGCUGUGUGCUCGGCGGGCCGGACCGCCUGGUUAUCCCAUCGGACGGAAUCACGGCCGAGCAGGCUGCCAAGUUUCUGAACAUCACGCAGGACGCCUUCAACGCCGCGAACAAGGCCGCUAUACCGUCUAACAGCAGCGCGAAGCUCACCGGCGGAUCCGUGAUGCAGGUGCCGGUGUGCCCCAACUCGCAGUGCACCAUCUCCCAGGGGACGGUCCAGAAGGGCGACAUCUUCGACAAGAUCGCCGCUGCUGCGGGAUCGACCACCGGCCAGAUCUUGGGUCUGAACCCUGGGAUUGACCGCUUUAAUCUGGCGGUCGGACAGACGUUCACGCUGCCGAGCAACUGCCAAAACGUCACUGCCGGUGCCGGUGCUGCUGCUGGUGGGAAUGCGACGGCCGCUGCUCCAGCUGAAGGCGGCAAAGGGAAGGGGAAGGAAGCUGCUGCGAGGUGA